UGUGCGCAGCGGAUUGGGGGUAGCGCGGAUGGGUUUUUUUUUUUUUAUAAUACCGAUAAGUUUCAGAUCGUAUCAUCUCCAUCAAGUAAUUAAGGAAAUUGUAAUUACAGGAUUAUUAAACGGAUUGACUGAUGGGAGUCGAUACGUCGUAUAACUGACGCGAGUUUAACGGCGCGGCAUUAAAUAAACCUGCAAUACGACGAGCUGUUAUUUUCGGCAGUUUCUAUUAACCUCGCGGAGUCUCGGGUGUUAACUGCGCAACCUUAAAGGAUCCGUUUUUCAUUCUUAUGCGACAGUCCUGAUUAAAUUUCCCAUUGAUUAUAGAGAAGUGUCUGCACACAGGAGAGGAUGCAAGCGAGAUUUAGGAGUAUUUUUCGGAGUUUUAAAUGCCAUUGAAAUGCGAAACAAGUGGAAAACGUUUAGCUCCGAGCAGUUUUCCCGAAAAUGCGAUUCAGUGUCCGGAAUAUGAGUCCAAUGGGAAGGAAGAUCGUCACGCUUUUAAUAUUAGCUGUUGGUUUAACUGAGAGCAAAAGAGAUAUAGACCCCUGUCUACCAGAACACCACAGCGUUAUCGAUGAUUUCCGAAGAAGCACGCAUUACCGACCUAGGGCGAACGAGCGGAGACUCUGCGACAAUGACCUGACUCCUGGGUGGUACCGACUCCAAAUCAAUGGAACAGACGCGGAUAUACCGACCAAGUGUGUUAAGGUUAAGCGGUGUGGAACCGCGGCUCCAAUAUGGCUGUCCAUGCCAAAAGAUGGUAUGCCAAUCCCAGGCGUCACUAAAAGCGGUAGCGCGUGUGUCACGUGGUCCCCGAGAGGAGAGUAUCCGGAGUGCUGCUCGAUUAGAUUUCCUGUGGAAGUAAAGAACUGCAUCAGCUUUUUCGUGUACAAGUUAACGAGUACCGGCGGGUGUGAUCUAGCCUAUUGUGCGCAAGUUCCUAAAAAGACGUGUCUAACUGGUCAGGUUUAUAUUCGGCAUUUGAAGAAAUGCAUAGACUACAAUGCCAGAACCAGCAAACCUUCUUUACAAGUCAGCGUCUCUAGAAAACACGUCAUGAUCACGUGCACCUUCCGGGUUCUCAAUAAACUGAUUGCAAUGACGUCACCAACCUUCUACAUCGCUUGGUACAAGAAAGAACGCGGUCUCUCCUUGAUUAAAUCUACUUUUACUAGAAAAACAAAAGACUCCAUAGUUAUCGGAGAACAUGCUUUUUCUGGCGAUACGGUGAUUUGUAGCGUAGAAGAAAUUUACCAGUUAAGAGACAAGAAAAGCAGGAAAAGUAGACCUUAUUUCAUUGGUAUCAAGCUUUUACGAAAGAAAAUAGUUCUGCGUGAAGACAGACCUGUCGCUAACGUUACCCUCGUGUCAACAGUACCCAUAGUCUGUGACAACAAUGCCGACAAGUGUGACAUCACAAUUAGACUGUCGUUACAAAAACCUGGUGACAUUUCCCCUCGUAUCACAUUUGAGAAAUGUGUCAUAUAUUUUGCAAUGGGCUGGAAGUGUAAGAAGAACGUGUGCCAGGAACAGACCUUUCAAGUGGCAAUGACACCAAACUUGAAACAUUUGUCGAAGCAGAAACUCGUCGUCCAUGGUGAAAUUUCAACGGCAAACCUCUUAUCCUGGAAACAGAGCCAGUUAAAGUUUAAGAUGAAGGUUGUUGACUUUCCACCUGCCAGCUGUUACAUUCUGAGUGGGGUACACAUUCUCUCUUUUGUCGGCAGUGUACAAAGGGUGCGGGAAGAGGGACCGUUUAUCCUCCUGCGCAGUGAUGAGACGACUUUACAGAUCCAUGCCCAAACAAUGAGGAACCCCCAGCAUGAUAGGUUCAGUCUUUGCGGUCUUGCCAUGUGGUUCGAAGGCGUGACUAUCACACUCAGUAGAUGUUCGGAGAGCCUCUGGAAUAAACGUUAUACCCUACAAUACCAAGGACGACAACAGAACUCUAAAAUCAAGAUAUUUGAAGCACGCAAUGGAAAACUCAUAACGAUAUACAUACAUGACCUUGUUCAGAUUCGUAUUGACAUCAACUCAUUAGACAUAUCCGCAUCCGUCCACAUUUCCGGUUUCCAUAGCAAUAAAGUUGAGGGUUUGUGCGGAACCAUAACUCGCAAGAAAAAUAAGAACGCCGUUUCCACGGUUACGGAUGGCUAUGGAUUUAGAGUUUGGAGGGUUCAGCCGCACCAGAGCCUGUUUGAAAUGUCUCCCUCAUACCCAUAUGAAGGAAUCAAACCGUCAUUACCAAAGUGUGACUGCUCAUCCACUACAUCCCUCAAUACAUGCACAGAAGGCAAGAACAGAAGUGAGUUCUAUUCGUUCAUAUACCAAAAAGACAUCACUUCAGAAUUUUAUGUGACUAAGAAUAACCCAUCUAUCACCAUGACGUACAAUAUAUCAGCCGGUAUUGAUAUUAGUGAUAACAGAGUAUCGAAACCAAGUGAAGCGAGACAGCAAUGUAAGGAGCUCAUCCGUGAAUCCGAACUAUUCCACAAAUGUGUUCCUCUAAGAGGAAGUGUUUUAGUGGAAAUAAUUACAGUGUGUGAGAAAAUUGCAAUGAUACAAGAUAGAUCUACUUGGAUACCUAUAGUUCUGCGCUUGAUGGAAAGUGUUUGUAAUUUCGCGUAUACGUCCAAUACGUCAUUAUCUGAUCGGAAUAUGUCUGCUGGAAUCGAUCACGUGACGAAAAUUAAAGACUUGUUUCGGUGUCCAGAAAAGUGUUUCAAACACGGCGUUUGUGCCAGAAAUGGAUGUGACUGUAUCAAAGGAUACUCUGGGGUGGAAUGUCUAAACAAGGCAGUUGUCCCCACCAAUGACGGAUCUAGUCAAUCUACAGAGUCACGGACGGUGGAUCCCACCUCAACCUAUCUCAUCCCCUCAACCGAAUCACCGAACACAAAUAUCAUCACCACCGAGGAGCAGACGACUGAAAAACAGACAACAACCAGCACAACAACAACAAAACAAACACCAUCUCCUACCACGGAAGAGAAGACAACAUCAACAGCUAAACCAACAACACAGACAGAAACAACAUCAACAAUUAAAACAACAACAGCUAAACAGUCCUCUCCGGCGCCGACGUUACGACCAACAACCGCUCGCCCUAGGAAACCUGUGUUUGUAUCUUGUGACACGAGAUCGUCUGGUUGUAAUUUCGUUUACCUUAGAAUACAAGCAGAUCAGUAUCCUGUGUCUUGUCGCAUAACAAACGUCAAGUAUAACAAUAGAAAGUGGAUACAAUGGCAGCCUCCCGUGUUUCCCAGUAUCCGCUAUGUCACUCCGACGUUAGCUGAGUGUCUGCUGAAUUCGUCCAUCUCAAUCCCGGCUGACGGCGACCCAGUAUUUAAAGUCGAGGUUUUGGGGGCUGAUAAUGAGGUGCUUUCAGAUAAACUGUUUUCCAAGGUGAAUAAACAGUGCCAAAGUUGUUCGUAUUGGAGAGGUUGCCGUAUAAGGCCCAACGUAUGCCUGAUUGAUGGGAACUGUUUUAUGAACGAAGAUAAAAACCCAGCCAAUAGAUGUGAAGUUUGCGUCGCCCCCUCCUCCACACAUCAGUGGACGAGACGUGAAGAUGACAACCUCCCUCCUAUUCUCCAAAGAGACCCGUACGAGUUCUCCGUGCUGGAGGGAGACAAUAUUAACAGCAGCAUCACGGCGUAUGACCCAGAAGGCUCCAGACUGACUUAUAACAUCAACAGCACCAAAGCCAGGGUACAACCAGGGGGGACGUUCAUCUAUAAGACGACGGUCUCGUCCCUCGGGAGAAAUGAAUACUUCCAGUACUUCAGGAUUUCUGUAGUGGAUGAGUGCAAUUUACAGUCUUCAAUUAUUGUUAAGGUAGGGGUGAAAAAAUGCAACUGCAAAAAUAAUGGGACGUGCAGAACAGAAAACGUUACGAGACCAAACCAAGCUAGAGCUGCUGAAUGCGACUGCAAACAUCCAUAUUCGGGCGCCCUCUGUGAGACAUCGCCUGACUAUUGCGCUAGUCGCCCGUGUUUUCCCGGCGUUCAGUGCACCAAUACGAAUAUUUCCUACAGCUGCGGUCACUGCCCUCGGGGAUAUUCGGGAAACGGCGUUAUCUGUAAACUGUCGUGUAGUUCGUCACCCUGCUUUGAGAAUGUCACGUGUGUGGACGAUAUUUAUGGAGAGAAAGGCUUUAGAUGUGGACCAUGUCCUCGAUUUUACAGAGGAGACGGCACACGGUGUGACAGGACAGAUUUAGACAUUUGUAAAUAUGGUGUUUGUCCGAGAAAAGGCCGGUGUGAGAACACCGCUCAGUUCCCGGGAUAUCGAUGUGCGUCAUGUCCUGACGGUUACCAAGGAGACGGCAGAAAAUGCACAGUUGCAUGCAGAAUAAAUUGUCAAAAUGACGGGACGUGUGUGGAAGGCAAUAAAUGCUCAUGUAAACCGGGAUAUGAUGGGAACACGUGUGAAAAAGAGGUUUGUUCAGUGAAAUGUUUAAAUGGGGGACGGUGUUACAAUGGAAAUCGAUGCCUCUGUCCCAAGGAAUUCACGGGAUACUACUGCCAGACUGCCGUCUGUAACCCACCUUGUCAAAACGGGGGCGUAUGUGUCCGACCGGGCACCUGCUAUUGUCCUUAUGGUUAUUACGGCUCUACCUGUGAGACAGCUAUGUGCUUUCGCAGAUGCAGAUUCUUGUGUCAGCUGAAUUAUAGAAGAUCGACAUGUUGGACAUAUUGUCAGAAUGGGGGACGGUGUGUGUUCAAUUCCUGUCUGUGUACUGGAGGAUACACGGGUCGUCAUUGUCAAAUACAUUCAGCAAAGUGUGACAUGGGCUGUUUGAACGGGGGAACCUGCGUGGGGUCAAAUCAGUGCAAAUGCCAGCCCGGGUAUUGGGGUUCUUACUGCCAAUAUGCCCUGUGUUGGCCUAGAUGUCGGUAUGGCGGCGAAUGCAUUAAACCCAAUGAAUGCAGAUGUAAACGAAACUAUUCCGGACGGUACUGUCAGAUAGUGAACACACGACACAGAACAAUGUAAUGCAACGUAAACAUUCGGUAUGCGGGGAGCCAUUCUUCUUUACUCAUUUUAAUCUUCAUGUUGUAUGAUUGGAGCGUUUGUGUGAAAAUGAUAGAGAGAGAGAGAGAGAGGGAGAGGAUGAAGAGAAUGAGAGAGUGACAGAGAGAGAUUAAAAAUAUUAAAAAUGAUAUUUAUAAUUUAUUGUGUUCACCUUGUACUUAUUUUGACCAGGCGGGUUAAUUCUUCGGGUGAUACAGUCAGUUAAGAAACUUUGAAAUGUAUGUUCAUGAAACUUGUCAGAUACAGGUGUUAAAUUUAGAUAGUUUGAAGUUCAUCCGGAUUCCUCCUAUCGUCAUCAGAAACCCCCCAGAACGAGGCAUGUAUUUCAUAUUUUUCGGUCCACGCCCACUGUGUACCCUGCCAGUACAAAGUUUUAUCUUCAAUUUCAACAGAGUGCUAUUCGUGUAAACCUCUUUAUCAAAUUAAGAUAAGAAAAUGACACGGUGGUAUGAAAACUAGGCUUCAAUCAAUGAUGGCUAAUAUCAAUAAAUUGCACUUGUACCACUGAAAAUAGAGAUCUGAUUAUUCCGUAUUGUUGAUGAAAUUGACAUUUUUAGAGAUAUAGAGAUCACUCCACAUGUGGUAUGCAAUACCUUCUAGAAAUAAAGGGUUUUACUACAGAGUAUCUGUGGGUGGAAAUACAGAGAAUUCGACACAGUUUGUUUGUGGCAGAUACUAAUGGUGAAAGCUGACCUGAACUCUAGAUUAUAGUAUAUCAUAUCUGAUUGAGCCAUUGAUGACAGUAUUUGCGUAUAUACCUGCAAAAUAAUUCUCUCUCUUCAGAUUCUACAUGUAUUAAACUCAAAUGCCUAUGAACUCUCUGAGGGAAAGAAUUUUAAAAAAGAUCUUGCCAUGCACAAUGAAUGAAUGUCGCCUGUUUCUCUUUGCUUGAUGCAAGGGGGAUGUCUCGAUAGAAAGACGCACCAACUGAUUUUUCUCUCAAGCUGGAAUACUUCCUAGAUAAAUGAACUUGUUUACAUUGCUUUCUAUAUGUAUUCGUGCAUAGAUAAAACAACCAACCAAAAAUAAAGAACCGAAUUAAAGUCAAAUCACAAUUUCAUCAUAUAUGUAAAUCUGUUUCUGUCAAGUGAACCACUUUCCGUUUUCAAAGUCAAAGUAAGGGAUCUGGAAUUAAAAUGAGGCUCGUUGUUGAUUAUUAACACUUUUUAAUUGGCAUGAUAUAGUACUCACCUUCACAGCAUUACAGUUAAAGCGGUCGAUACGUACGCUGGUGUGUCAGGAAGCGGGGUUUUUUUUCGGUUGUAGAAAUGUAUCUACCGUCGGUAGUGUUGAGAGUUUCACUGCUGAAUUUCAUGAUUUUUGGCUAUAGUAAAGUUUUGUAUAUUUUAAUUUUUUUUAAAACUAUUUACUUUGAAAUUCUUCUGUAACAACUUUAUAGAAAUUAUAAUGAUUACAUAGACUGUGUUGUGAAAAUUUUUUGAUAUUCAACUAGUAAAAUAAAAUGUUGAUUCUUUUA